CUGGAAAUUGGGCAAUCUCUUGCUUGUCCGUUCCAUCUGUUUCUUGCUUCCGCUGUUUGUUCUCCGACGAGCAUCUUUCUCGGUCCAACUGUAAUUCAUCAUCAUCAUCAUCAUCUUCUUCUUCUUCUUCUUCUUCUUCAUUCAUCGACCCAUCGUUCUGCUUGUGCUUCAUCAGAGGAUUGAACUUGAACAGAAAUUCUUCUUGCUGCUUUAGAUGUACUUGAUCGUGUGAUCAUUCUCCGUGUUCUUGCCCUUCCGAAGAACUUGCUGGUGAACCAAGUUAUCGCGCUCGAGAAAGGGGCAUGGAUAUCGCACACUGCUAUAUGGAUGGUAACACCGACGCCGUGGAGUUCUGUCCACACGAUGAUUACCACCAUGUUCUUGCCACUUCCACCUAUACUCUACUGGAAGGUGACAAUCCAAGUCGGUCAGGCAGUGUUUCCCUCUUCAAUGUAAAUGCUGAUUCCAGUCACCUUGAGCUGUUUCAUCGUGUGGAAGUUCCCGGUAUCUUUGAUAUCAAGUGGGACCCGGUUGGUUCUGAUACGGGGGUCCGUCCUUUGUUGGCUCAGGCCGACUCGGAUGGCUGCAUUAGAGUUCAUUGUCUAGAGCGCUCUUCAGAUGAAGCAGAGGACAAGGGUGUAGUUCUUCGAGAGAUUAGUAGUGAGAAAAUCAGUUCCUCAAUGUGUCUAUGCGCAGACUGGAACCCUUCCGCUACCUCUAUUUCUGUCGGGCUUUCAGAUGGUUCAAUCUCAGUAAUUUCUUUCUCUGAGUCCAGAUUCGAAGUCCUACAGGAAUGGAAAGCUCAUGAUUUCGAGACUUGGGCAGCUUCCUUCGACCCCCACCAACCCCACCUGGUAUACAGCGGAUCUGACGACUGCAAAUUCAUCUGUUGGGAUAUCCGAGAUGGGCCAUCCAAUUCAGUCUUUCGAAACUCCAAGGCCCAUAUGAUGGGCAUCUGCUGCAUCAUGAAGAGCAAUAGUAACCCCAACAUCUUAUUCACCGGUAGUUACGACGAGUCUUUUAGGAUCUGGGACGUGAGAUCUGUCUCGAGACCAGUGAAUGUGGCCGCAAUCGGCCUCGGAGGAGGAGUUUGGAGGAUCAAGAACCAUCCUUCGGUCCCUGGUCUGGUUCUGACUGCUUGUAUGCACAAUGGUUUCGCGAUCGUGAAGACUAGAGGAGAGGAGAUUGAAGUUAUGGAGACAUACAAGAAACAUGAGUCUCUUGCUUAUGGAGCUGAUUGGCAAAGAGGAAUGCCUGGAGAAAGUGGAAGAAAGACGAGCGUGAUAGCGACCUGUUCAUUUUAUGAUAGACUCGUCAGAAUUUGGACACCUGAAAGUGAUAUUUUCGCAUAAAUUGAUGCUUAUGAUGAUUUUGACGAUCUCAAGGAUGUCAUUUUUCAUGAAUUGAUAAACAUUCGUGAGCUCUUGCGAAGGUUUAAGAAUGCAGGGGAGGUAAGUCUUUCUUCAAUUGUUA